UGAAAUUCGCCGAGGAGCAUCAUUGCAACGAAGCCUAGUCUGCUCGUCGCAUGCCGCCAUGAUCGCCUCGGACCGUCUCGUUAGGAUAUCGCACGGUCCUCGCCCAAGUCCAGAAACUUUUGCGGGGUUUGAUACACGAGUAUCCCAGAAUCUCUUCUCAGCCGGCAGCAACAAAGCGCCAUCGUUAUCCCCAGCCAGCUCACUGCGUCUUAAAGACAUCUAGGGGCGACUCUUAUUCCCAGUCUCACAAUGCCGGCUCAUUCCGUACCAGAGCUUCAACAGAAGCUCUUUAGACGCAUGGGCCUUGAUGCUCCAACGCCGGGCUCCAGCCUUAAGGCGUAUGCCGGCAGGAGGACUACGAAGCCAGUCUCGCGCAGGGACGAACGCAAGGCACAGCGAGCGCAGAAAAGGUCGCAACGGUACUCCCAACAAGAUACGUCGAGCCGGCUCAACCGAUCUGUGGCCCCUCGGCCUGCAGCGGUGAUGUACCCCACGGAUCCCGUAAGGCCAAAACGGGAACAACCGGUGCCCCCGGUCAACAAAGAAGAUGACGACAAAUACGCCCUCUCUAACGAAAGCGACUUGGAAGAGCAAGCGGAAAACGAUGACCAUCAUCACGCAACCAGUGGACGACAAAUAAGCCCCUCGCCGGAACCCCGGGUAAUGACAGCUGGCGGUGCAAGUCUGACUGCUUCCGUUCGGGAAAAGCUGUCACAGGAUGAUGCCGAAAUCGAAGACUUCGAGAGAAAACUCGGAAUUAAAAAGAACCGGAAGUCCCUCCCCAAAGCAUUCACGGAUGAUGGACUGGACGAGCUUCUUGGUGAUUUCACGACAAAUGCAACCGAAAGCGAGGAUGAGGGGAGGAAGCGGAAAAGAAACUAUGACGACUGGCUGUCUUCUAAAAGGAGGAAAGCAAUCUCUCAACCUGCUGUCACCAUUGGAAGUGAUUCAGAGCAGUUUUCAGACCAUGAAUUGGUCUCUGAGGGAAGUGACGACCAUGAUGAUUUUGGAGACGCCAUUGGUCUGUCCGAGACGACAUUGCGGCAGAACAAACGAGAUGUUUCCGAUGAGCCAUUUCGGGGGUUCGGAUCUGACGCCGAUGAUGCAACAGAGCCGGUGGCACGGAAAAGAGAAAACCCUUACGUUGCCCCGACGACAGGCACCAAGGUCACCAAGUACGUGCCGCCAUCGAUGAGGAACGCAUCCGCAUCGGAAGACGAAGUCAAGGACCGGCUACGAAAGCAAGUUCAAGGGCAGAUCAACAGGCUCACAGACAGUAACAUCCUGCCCAUCGUCGAUGCAAUCGAAAGCCUCUAUCAGCGAAACGCGCGGGGCGACGUGACCGAGAUCCUAACAGACGCAAUGCUGGCCCAAAUAUGCAAACCUGAGGCUCUUCCGGACCAGUUUCUCGUGCUAAUAGGUGGACUUUGUGCCGCAAUGUACAAGAUCGUGGGAUCCAGCUUUGGCUCGCAUCUCAUUCGCCGGAUCGUCAACGAUUUUAGAAGCCAGUUCGAGAGAGCCGACAGAGAAAAUAGCGAAGAGUCGAGCAUACGGAAAGAGGCUUCCAACAUCAUUACAUUCCUCACCCAGCUUUACGUCUUCGAAGUCGUCAGCUGUAGGAUUUUGUUCGACUACUUGGAACGGUUCCUCGGGGAUCUGUCCGAGAUCAACGUUGAGUUGCUUCUUAGGGUCUGCCGUAUGGCAGGCCGACUCCUACGGCGAGAUGACCCGCAGGCCUUGAAGCACGUCUCCAGCACGCUGAGCAAGGCUGUCUCCAGAAUUGGCUAUGCCCAUGUGUCGGCCAGGACAAAGUUUAUGAUUGAAACCAUCAACGACCUCAAGAACAGCAAGUCCAAGGCCAAGGGAACCGAUUCAGGCAUCGUGUCCGAACAUGUGCUGCGCAUACGAAAACGCCUGGGCGAACUCAAAUCGCGGUCGCGCCGCCUUGAUGGCUUGGCUCCCAUGGGCAUGAGCCUAAAAGAUGUCGAGGGAUCCGACACUCAAGGGAAAUGGUGGCUUGUCGGCGCCAGCGUGCCCACCUACGUUGGUGUCGCCGAAAGAGCAGGGAACGUUGCACGCGGUCGUGGAGACACCGGCAACCAUGUGCCUGACGAUGAGGAAGACAUGGAUUUCGUCUUGCCCGACUACCCCAAGAAGGCGCGCGCGCAAGGCCUCAGCACAGCGUCUCAAAUCGCCAUAUUCACGGCAGUUUUGUCGGCAAACAGCCACGAAGACGGUUACCAGCAAUUCGUCAAUCUGAAGCUGAAGCGAGACGAGCAGCUUGAGAUCGCACGAGUUCUCGUGCAGUGUGUUGGCAGCGAGGCACGAUACAAUGAAUACUACGCACUGGUGGGAGGGCUAGCCUGUCAGAACAGCAGAGUCCGAUUUGCACUACAAGACCGGCUUUGGAAGAUUUUCCGCGGCCUUGGAGAAUCUCUUUUUGGCGAGGACGGCGUCGAAGAGGAUACGGCAGACAGCGAGAGGAUGAAGGACGAGCGGCGAGCUGCCAAUGUCGCCCAGUUCUACGCGUCGCUAGUGGCUGAUGGAUCGUUGAGUAUCAGCGUGCUUAAGCCCCUUGAGCUUCCCGAGGUGAAUCGCUGGACGAGUGCAUUCGUGGAGGGAUUUUUGGUGGCUUUGCUGCGGCGCUGCACAGGCAAAGACCACAAAGAAGAAGCCACUGUGCUUCGGGUGUUCGGUCCAGCGCGAGAAACUCCAACACUGGCCGUAGGGAUACAUUGGUUUCUCAGAAAGCGAGUUCGGCAAUCCAAGCUGAUUGGUGUCAAAGACAGCAAGAAGCUGCAACGCGUAAGGCAAAGGGCACAAGCGGUAGUGCAGGCAAUGGAUAUCGGGGAAUAGGUAGCCUUCGUAUGGGCCGCUGCGUUGAUAGC